GCCGUCUCCAUCCUCCUCCGCUCCAUCCCCGUCCCCAUCCUCCUCCUCCUCCUCCUGCUCUUCCUCCCACCCUCCUCCUCCUCUCCCGAUGGGCCCCCCCGGCCCGGCCACGCGGCUCUUGCCCCCCCUCGUUCUGGCGCUCGCAGGGGUCGCCCGGGGCACCUUCACGGUGGUGGCGUGGCCGCGGGUGGCCGUGGUGGCCUUCGGGGGCUCGGUGACCGUCAACUGCAGCCGCAGCGCCUGCCCGGAGGGCGACACCAACGCCACGCUGGGGCUGGAGACCGCCCUGCCCGCGACCCCCGGGCCCGGGGGGCUCCGCUGGCAAAGCUUCCGCCUCCACAACGUGUCCCGGUGGAGCCCCGGCCCCGUCACCUGCUCCGGCCGCUGCGGCGACACCGAGGCCAACGCCAGCGCCGGCGUCCUCGUCUACCAGCUGCCGGAGCGGGUGGAGCUGGAGCCGGUGCCGGCGGCGGCCGUGGGGGACAGCCGGAACCUGACGUGCCACGUGCGGGCGGUGGCCCCGCUGCGGAACCUGACGGUGACGCUGCGGCGCGGCGCCGAAACGCUGCGCACCGAGAGCUUCGCCGAGGGCGCCGAGGGCAGCGCCAGCGUGGCCGUGAGCCACGUGCUGACCGUCACCCGCGGCGACCACGGCCAGGACGUCACCUGCCACGCCGAGCUGUCGCUGCGGCCGCACGGGCCCCUGUUCGCCCGCGCCGCGGUGCCCGUCACGCUCUCGGUGUUCGCUCUCCCGGAGCCCCCCCAGCUCCAGGCCCCCGCCAUCCUCGAGGCCGGUACCGUGGCCAACGCCAGCUGCCGCAUCACCGGCGCCUUCCCGGCCGGGGACAUCCGUGUCACCGCCGCUCUGGAUCAGGAGCCGCUGAACGUCACGGUGGCGGUGGCCGGGGACACGGUGACGGCCAGCACGGCGCUGUCCCCGCUCAUCCCGGGCCCGCGGGAGCUCAGCUGCACGGCCGCGGUGGCCACGGCGGCGCGGACGGCGCGGAGGCAGCUCCACGUUUACCGAUUCCCCGCGCCCGCCCUGGAGCUGAGCCCGGCCCCGGCCGCGGCGGGCAGCGAGGUGACCGUGUCGUGCCACGCCGGGGCCACCGAGCCGCCCGAGGCGCGGCUGCAGCUCCGCGAUGCGGACGGCGGGGUCCUGGCCGAGGGCCCCCAGCCCCGGCUGCAGCUCCGGUUGCUGGCCCGGCGCGACGACGACGGCCGCGAAUUCCGGUGCCGGGCCAGCCUGGCGGUGGGCGACAGCGUGGUGACAAAGGACGCGGACGCGCGGCUGGCGGUGCUCUAUCUUCCCGAAAUCCCGGCCAGCGGCUGCCCCGGUAACCGCACGUGGGUGCAGGGAGCGCGGGAAGCGCUGUCCUGCCGCGCCACCGGCAACCCCGCGCCCACCGUGGUGUGCGGCCGCGACGGCGCCGCCGUGGCCACCGGCGAGCCCGAGCUGGUGACCCGGGCCCGAGCGGGCACCUACGUGUGCAACGCCACCAACGCGCUGGGGACGCGCAGCCGCCGCGUCACCGUCCGCGUGGAGUAUGAGCCCACGAUGUCCGAGUCGGGGUGUCCGGCACGCCGGGUCUGGGUGGAGGGACAGCGGCGGGAGCUGGAGUGUCGCGCUGAUGGGGACCCGCCGCCCAGCACGCGCUGUGCCCGCGACGGUGGCACCCAGCACGGGGUCACUCGAGACGGUGGCACUCACCACGGUGGCACCCAGCACGGCGGCACCCGCGACAGUGGACCCCGAGAUGGUGGCACCCGCGACAGUGGACCCCGAGAUGGUGGCACCCGUGACGGUGGCACUCAAGAUGGUGGCACCCGAGAUGGUGGCAGCCACCACGGAGGGGUCGCCCGCGGCCGCGUGGUCACCCGGGCCGAUGGCGGCCGCUACGUGUGCAGGGCCACCAACAGGCACGGAGUGGCCGUGAGGAGCGUCCUUGUCACCGUGGAGUACCGGCCGAGCCUCGGCGAGCGCGGCUGCCCCGAGCGGCGGCGGUGGCUGGAGGGGACCCCGGCCGAGCUGGGCUGCGCCGCCACCGGGAACCCCCCGCCCCGCGUCACCUGCGCCAAGCUGGGCGAGCCCGGCAACGCCACCGAGCCGGGCCACGACAGCUGGGACCCGGCCCGGGCCACCGCCAAUGUCACCCGCGCCCACGCGGGCACGUACCAGUGCCGGGCCACAAACGCGCACGGCUCCGCCGUCCGCAACGUCUCCGUGGCCGUGGAGUACGGCCCCGCCGGUGUCACCGUGCGCGUCCUGCCCUCCGCCAACGUCACCCGCGGCAGCGGCUUCACCGUGGACUGCGGCGCCGAGGGGGUCCCGGCGCCCACCUACACCUGGGUGCUGCCCCCCGCCCCAAACCUGCGCUGGGCCGCCGACAACCGCUCGGUCACGGUCACCGGCGCCACCACGGCCAACCGGGGGCUCUACACCUGCACGGCGAGCAACCGGCACGGCCGGAGAGCCGGGAGCAUCGUGGUGCGGGUGGACGAGAGCUGGCUGGUGCUGCUGGCGGCGCUGGGAGCGCUGGGCGCGGUCGCGGCGCUGGGGCUGGCCGUGGCCGGCGGGUAUUACCUCAAGAGCACGGCGUGCAAGAAGGGCGAGUACAACGUGCGCGACGCCGAGGGCUCCUCCGAGGCCGCCUGCCUGCACCGGCACCGGGACCCCCGUGCCGAGGUGUUCGGCAUCCAGCUGAGCCCGCCGUGACUGGAACCGGCACCGGAACCGGCCGGCCGGGAGCCCCAGAGCCGGGAUUUGGGGUGGUUUUGGGGGAUUUUGGGAGGGCGAGGAUUCAUCUGGAGGUGCUCGCUGGCAACGGCACGACCGCGGGGAGGGUUUGGGAUCCGGUUUGCCCAGCCGGGACCGGAACCGGGACUGGAACCAUGCCCGUCCCCGUGGGGUUUGGGGACCCCCCCUCCCCGCCCCACCCCAGGGUUUUUGGGGGGAUUUUGGGGGGCACAACACCCAGGACCGAGCGUUCCCCCGAGGGUUCCUCUGUCCCCACCCUGGCCCGGUGGGGAGGGGGUUUGGGGGUCCCCACAGAGCCCCCGAGGGGAUUUUGGGGCGAUUUGAGGGGUUUGGGAGCCGCGCCGAGCGUGGCACAGGCACCACUCAGGGAUGGGCCGCACCCAAUAAAGGAUCAAUAAUCGAUCAAUACA